CUCCAACUAUCGCGAGAACCACAGCAGAGCGAGAAGAACGGGUCCAGGCAAGGCAUAGCAAUAUUCAUAUUUAGCAACAACAACAACCUUUACGAUAAUGAUUAUUCCGUUAUGUAGACUGAACGAAUGGUGAAUUGUGCGCUAGUUCCACCAAAAGACACGGAUGAAAACAUUGGACUGUGAUAAACAGGAUGAGGCCACUUUCCUCUGGACGUCUGACAGACGGUGAAGAAGAGGCCAACCUCGUGAAUCGCACACAUCUGACCUCCAUCCUUCUGUUCACUGGCUGUCUGAACCCCAUUUCUUCUUGUUGAAACGUUAAGAUAUUUAAUUUCACAAAAUAAUGUAGCAAAACUUUUAUCCUUGGAGAUAUUUGAGCUGGUGUUGCACGAGUGUGGUGCGUUGUGGUUUUACCUGUUCGAUGGGGCGGAGCUCGACUCUUCACUUCACACCUGUUUGUAACUUAUUAGACCGAUGUGCCGUGUUGGCUGUGCGUCAUUUCAGCUGUCUGUUGUAUGUUUGAAGUGAUUUGAUCGACCAUCAAGUCAAUCACAAUGAACGGCUCUCUGUUAACCCCGCCCAGCCCGCGGGCGGCAAACUCCUCCCCUUUACCUCCCGCCCCCGCCCCCGCUCCCGCCCCUCCAUCUCCCUCCGUCCGGCCCCUCUCCCCCCGGCCCCCUCCUCUCCCUCCUCUGGUGAGCCCUCCCCCCCAGGCUCACCCGUCCUCCCUGUCAGACACCCCCACGCCGUCCCCCUCUCCCUGCCUGAGCUGGACCGAAUUCUGUGAGCUCCACGCCCGCGUCGCAGCCGGGGACUUUGCACGCCACUUCCGGGCAUUUCUCCUGGAGAACCCCCACUACUCCCCAGACUCAGCCGCCGCUUUCUGUCGGCGCUUCACCGACCGUUUUGUUCGUCACUUCCAGAGUGAGCUGGAGGGGGCGCUCCCGCCGAGCUGUGCUUCUGGGAGGGACGACAUGGUGAGCUGGGCUCCCCAGUCAGAUGCUACGUCCCUGGAAGAGGAAGCCGUCUCACCCCUGUCGGCAUCUGGGGGCGCCGUCCUCCCUUGUCCUCCGACUAACAUGACGCGGGCCGCAUCCAAGCCGGCACCGACACGAUUGGUGUUGGAGAACCGCAGCGGAGACAGAUUUCAAGACUCUUACGCCCACGGCCAAGUCCUGCCUCCAUCUUCAUCGUCAUCCUGUUGCUCCUCAGUUGGAGGGAACAAUGGGAGGCGUGAGGAGAGGGGGGCCAUGAUCACCCCGGGCAAUGGGGAAGCACCAGUUGAGGAAGAGGAGGACAGCUGGUUAGGGGUGGCGUCUGUGGGGGAGGACAUUGAGCCAGAAGAGCGGGAGGGAGAAUCCACAGAGGUGGACGGUGUGGACCCCUCCCACACUCCUCAGAUUCCACCCUCCUCUUCCUCGGUCACUCCUCCGCCGGGCUCCAAAGGUAACAGUACGCCCAACUCCUCCAAAAACAAACUGAAGAAGCGCUUCUCUCUGCGGAGUGUGGGUCGUAGUGUGCGGGGGAGUGUCCGGGGCAUCCUGCACUGGCGAAGCUCCUCCAGUGACUCGGCCCAGAGCCAGCUGCCCUCCAGCUACAGCUACACGAUGGGUGUGCAGGACGCUACCUUGGUUUCAUCCUCAAAGAGGAACUCUGGGACACAGCCUCCCACACCCACCUCCUCCAUGCCUGUUUCUCUGUCCAUGCCCCUCUCCCUUCCCCACUCCUCCUCCUCCUCACUGCCCCCUUCGUCUUCAAGCAGCGCCACCUCCCUGUCUCUGUCCGAGGCUGCCCGGGAUCGGCGGCGGAGCAACGGUGAAGGAGGCGAGAAGGAGAAGUGGAGCCAUCGCCUGGAGAAGCUCCGGCUGUCAAGAUCCCCUCCUCCCGUCCUCACCCCGACCACCGCCGGCUCUCACUCCGCCUCCUCCACGCUGCCCCCAAGUAGCGCUUCUGCUGUCGGCAUGGGUCCUCCGAGGAAAGUGGGCCGGCUGGUGCGGGAGGGCGGGGUCAGCGUCAGCUCGUCCAAUGACGAGUUAAGUGGAAGCCACGGCUUCUCUGGCUUCUCUUUCGGUCUCCUGCAUCACGUUACGGACAACAACAACGCUGCCUCGGCUUCAUCAGCUGCAGCUCAGGCGGGUUCCGUUCAGCCUCUGGCCAGCGGAGGGAAUGUGCCCUGGAGAGGAGGACGCUGGCACAAAUGUCGUCUGGUCCUCAAAGAGAGAGACAGAGAAGGUGGUGAGCGGGGAGAGGAGUAUUACCUGGAAUUCUUCAUUCCACCAAAAUCAUCGAAGCCCCGGCUGACUGUCCUGUGCUGCUCCAUCGUGGAUGUGAGGAGCACCACGGCGCUGGAGGUCCCUGACAAGGAAAACACCUUCCUGCUGCAGCUGGAGGGCUCGGCGCAGUACGUGAUCGAGACCCGCGACGCGGUUCAGAUGAGAGCCUGGCUGAGUGACAUCAGGAACGGCAUCUGUCUCAGCGAGCAGGAGGAUGCUGAAGGUGUGUGUGGAGGCCCGCUGGACAUCAGUGGGACGCCCGAGAUCGUCGAUCGUCUUUCACAAGUGUGUUACGGAGGUAUCGGAGGCUCCUCUCCUCUGAUGGAUCCUCUCCCACCGGAGCUGCCGCCUCGAGCCCCUCUCGACGAACCAGACAGCCGGAUCCUCGGGGGAGGCGGAGCUAGUCUCGGCACACCGUUUGCUGAGACGCCAGACGCCACAGGUUCCUUCCUGUUCUCGGAGACGACCACUGCAGAGGCGGUGGAGCAUCCGCUCAGUGAGUGUCAGUGGUUCCAUGGGACGCUGUCCCGUCUCAAAGCUGCUCAGCUAGUGUUGGCCGGAGGCCCGGCGAGCCACGGCGUCUUCCUGGUCCGCCAGAGCGAAACACGGCGUGGAGAGUACGUCCUCACCUUUAACUUCCAGGGCAAGGCCAAGCACCUCCGUCUGUCCCUGAACGAGGACGGUCAGUGCAGAGUGCAGCACCUCUGGUUCCAGUCCAUCUUCGACAUGUUGGAGCACUUCCGGGUGCACCCGAUCCCCCUGGAGUCCGGGGGUGCCUCAGACGUAACGCUCAUCAGCUUCGUGGGUGCCACCGCUGUUCGACAGCCAGGCCGAGACAGGGCAGGCAGUCGGCCUACAGUCUGUGAUGUCAUCACCACGCGCCAUCCUGACUCUCCAUCAACCCCCAUCUCUGACUGUGUACUUGACCAGCAGACCCCGUAGCCCUCCCCAGCCUCCUCCGCUGCCGCCGGGCCGCCCGCCGCCCCCGACUCCUCCCCAGGAGAGAGGAAAUGAAACUGAGGUUGCAGGAGAAGGGGGAGCAGG